GGAAAUUUUUUUUGUUUGAUCAACUUUGUAACGGUCUGAGUUCUCACAGGAAAACGGGCAGCAUCUCCUGAAAGUCGAGUUUGCAAUCUUACCCUCCUUUCUCCAAGAUGAACAGAAUUAUUCUUCAACUUUUUGCAGUCGGAUUCUGCUUUGCUGUCGGCCAAGCCCUGCAGUGCUACAAAUGCAAACUCGGCUUCUGGAAUCUGUGCAUAACCACAAAGGACACUUGUGACGAGGGAGAACAUUGCUUCAGUGGUGUUGGGACGGCAGCCUCCUUCAUGAAUAUCACGAUGAAGGGCUGUCUAGCUGAGGCCGACUGCAACAGCACCAAAGAGGUAAACUUUCCCAGCAGCAGCUCCAACACCACCGUCUACACCAUGACCAAGACGUGCUGCAACACCGACCUGUGCAACGCCGCGCCCGGUCUGCCGGGGGCCUCCGGGCUCAGCCUGACCUUCGCCACCAUCACUGCUCUGCUUGUGGCCAAAGUCCUGGUUUGACAGAGGAUAUAGGGGAUACAUGGAUGACACACAGUGCAUACACAUAUAAAAACACACACACUACAUGUUGCGCACACACACGAGCACUACCAGGAUUAAAUCAAAUGCCCUCCUCAGACAUGAGCUCUGUGGUUUUGCAACUUUUAUUUCUCCACAUGGGUCUUGUGUUUACUAUCCUUGAGGUGUAUUGUACUACUCACACAAGUGUAUAUCUCAGUUAAAAUUUAUUUCACUCUUUGUUUUUGGAUUUUUAGUAUGUAUAAGCCCUCAUUUCACUGCAGGAGAUGUUAAAAAUGUUAGCGGACAGACAAUUUAAAGUCUAAAAUGAGUGUUUAACACUGACAGGAUGCAAGUUCCCUGCCGUUAACUUGAAGGAGCAGUCUGAAGUUUUGUUACAAUGUCGGUCAGCAGCUGAGUCACAUGUUGGGUAUAUCGCUGUAUGACUAUCUAGGACAGAUGGUGCUGUUUGCUAUAGCUUAAGGGAAUAGUUUGACACUUUGGAAAAUGUGCUCAUUCAGCUUUUUAAAAAAAAAAAAAAAAAAAAAAAAAAAAACUUUUUGGCCAAGAGUUGCAUUAGAUUUGAUAUCAGUCUCAUGUCUGUGUGAAAAAUACGAAGCUAGUAACCAGGCGCAGUUAGCUUAGCUUAGCAUAAAGAAUGGCAACAGCUGGAAAUGGCUAGCCUGGCUCUGUCUAAAGGUUUAAAAAAAAAAAAAAAAAAAAAAAAAAAAAAAAAAAAAAAAAGAAAACCCACCUGCUGCAGCUCCAGCUCUGUCACUCCGCUUGGCUAAUGUUUCCACUUUUGCCACAGCCUCCUCUCUCUGUUGACAGUCCUACCUUGAGCUGAAACUGGAAAAAGGAGACUUUCCCUGAAAGCUCUCACAUCUGACCUGGACUGGCAAAGACUGGUACUGGACUGGUGAAGGGAUAAAACACACAGAUAACUAAUGUGUUCAACAACUGUGAUUUUGUUACCUGUAGUCAGAACCAGGCUAGCUGUUUCCCCUCGUUACCGGUCUUUAUGUCAAGCUAAGUUAACUGUGUUCUGGCUGUAGCUUCAUGUUUGUCCUGCACACAUGAAGGUUGUAUCAAUUUCCUAAUCCAACUCUCUGGUAGAAGGGGAGUACGUUCAUUUUCCAAAUUGUCAAACUAUUCUUUUAAUUUAUUGCCUUUGACCCACUGUAAUGUCAUUUUAAAGUCAUAAUAUUCAAAAGCCAAUAUAUGAUUUCAAAGCUUCCAUAAACAUUUCUUACUUCUAUUCAUUUCAUUUUAUUGCCAGUUGCUUUGCAUUCACUUUAUUACCAUGUCGCUAACAUAAUGUAAAUGGGGCCCUUGGCUUUUGUCUUGCAGUAUCUGUGAACCUUUUUCUUUUGGACUACAGCAGCUUCAUUAACUCUGUGUGUAACCGUAACUGUUAUAUUUUUGAUAUUGGUAGAAACGUUUGUCUUGCUAGUUUUGGAUGUAUGUAUGUGGAGAACGUGAUGAAAUCAAUCAUAUUGUGUUUGGAGACUGAAAAGUAAUUGAGAUUACACAAAUUUCAAGUAUGUCUAUUCAAAUCAUUCUCUAUUUUGUAUUGGCUUGUGUUUCCGCAUUAAUCACUGAUUAUUAAAGAUCAGUUACCGCUCCCUGAAUUUGACACAUCUGGCAUUACUCCCAAAAACAGAAACAUGUAGGUGAGUGUGAAUGUUUUUUGUGAAAUUGGUCAUAUAGAUAAUUUGAAGACAGCAAUAAAAAAAAUCAAAGUGGGGGAAAAAC